AUGGGUACGCUUCAGUCAUGGCGAAGAGCUUACGGCGCCAUCAAAGACACUACCAAAGUUGGUCUCGCCCAUGUCAAUAGCGAUUACGCGGAUUUGGAUGUUGCUAUAGUCAAAGCCACUAAUCACGUAGAGGUUCCACCCAAAGAGAGACACCUAAGAAAAAUUCUGUUUGCAACUUCUGCCGUUCGACCUAGGGCUGAUGUUGCUUAUUGCAUUCACGCACUUUCACGACGUCUUGCCAAGACCCGAAAUUGGACGGUGGCAUUAAAAACACUGAUAGUCAUCCAUAGGUUACUAAGGGAAGGAGAUCCAACUCUUAGAGAGGAAAUUGUGAAUUUCUCACAGAGAGGACGGAUUCUCCAACUUUCAAAUUUUAAGGAUGAUUCUAGUCCAAUUGCCUGGGAUUGUUCUGCCUGGGUACGUACCUAUGCAUUAUUUUUGGAAGAAAGACUCGAAUGCUUUCGGAUUCUUAAGUAUGAUAUUGAGGCUGAGCGUCUACCCAAAGCUUCCCAAGGACAAGAGAAGGGACACAGCAAGACCAGGGAUUUAGAUAGUGAGGAGCUAUUGGAGCAGUUGCCUGCUUUGCAACAGCUGCUAUAUCGACUUGUUGGUUGUCGGCCAGAAGGAGCAGCUGUUAGCAAUUAUGUGAUACAAUAUGCUCUGGCUCUGGUACUGAAAGAGAGCUUUAAGAUUUAUUGUGCUAUUAAUGAUGGCAUUAUCAAUCUUGUUGACAAGUUUUUUGAGAUGCCAAGACAUGAAGCUAUUAAAGCCCUUGAAGCCUAUAAACGUGCGGGACAACAGGCAGCAAGCCUUUCUGAUUUCUACGAGGUUUGCAAAGGAUUGGAACUUGCUAGGAAUUUUCAGUUUCCUGUCUUAAGAGAGCCCCCGCAAUCGUUUCUUACAACUAUGGAAGAGUACAUUAGGGAGGCACCCCGAGUGGUUUCAGUUCCCAAUGAGCCCAUGCUUCAGUUGACUUACAGACCAGACGAAGUUCUUGCAAUUGAAUACACCAAAGAGUCUGAAGAACAGAUGCCAUCAGAACCUGAACCUAUUGAUAAUAAUGUUGUUGUCCCCAAUUCUGAGCCUGCUCCGCCUCCCCCACCACCAUCUCACAACAAUUUUGACACUGGAGACUUGCUGGGAUUGAAUGACCCGGAACCUAAUGCAUCAUCCAUAGAGGAAAGAAAUGCUCUUGCGCUGGCCAUAGUAUCCACCGAAAAUGGCACUGCAUCAGCUUUUAACUCUAGUGCUGCUCAAACAAAAAAUUUCGACCCCACUGGAUGGGAGCUUGCCCUGGUUAGCACUCCAAGUACAGAUAUUUCUUCAGUCAAUGAGAGACAAUUGGCUGGUGGACUGGACUCUCUCACUCUUAACAGCUUAUAUGAUGAAGGUGCGUAUAGAGCUGCACAGCAACCAGUUUAUGGAUCACCAGCUCCAAAUCCAUUUGAAGUUCAUGAUCCAUUUGCUGUAUCAAGCAGCGUCGCUCCCCCAACUGCUGUCCAAAUGGCAGCAAUGCAACAGCAAGCAAAUCCAUUUGGUCCCUAUCAACAGUUUCCGCCUCAGCCGCAUCAGCAGCAGCAUAUGUUGAUGGACCCAGCAAAUCCCUUUGCUGAUUCAGGAUUUGGAGCUUUUCAUGCAAAUCCCGUUUCUCACCCCCAGAAUAACAAUCCAUUUGGAAGCACAGGCUUGUUGUAA